CUUAUUCCGAUGUCACGGUUUUGCGGAUGUGAUAUGUGGUUUGGACUUGUAUCAUUCUUCUGACGACUAUGCAGCUUCGUCAGCAACUUUUGCAGCUAGUGUGAGGACAUAUCUGAAUAUUCUUUCGGAGCACUUCAAGCUGGAGCAUGUCCGAGUCCGAUGUUAAUGAAUGAUCGUAACAUCAAUUUACUUCCGACUGGUGGACCGUCGGCUUCUUUUGAAAAGCUGCGCACAGAAAUAUUACGAUCUGGUCGACUUUAUUGCGACACGUCGUUUCCUGCGGACGAGUCAAGUUUGUACUAUAGUCAAAGACCUCCUUGCCAUAUUGCAUGGAUGCGUCCUGGUGAAAUUUUAGCUACAAAUGACAGUAAUUCUAUGACCGGAACUACUCCACGGAACUCGCUCGCUCCUGAAUUUAUCCGUGAUAACGGAGCCAAUCUUGGUGAAUUGAGGCAGGGAGAAUUAGGAGAUUGCUGGGUGGUCGCUGCUCUAGCUGCUAUCUCUGGCCAGCCCAUUCUGCUUGAGCGAAUCAUACCAGCUGGCCAGUCUUUUCGUCCUGAUUGGUACGCUGGGAUGUUCGCAUUCCGAUUCUGGCGUUUCGGUCGUUGGGAGGAAGUUAUCAUUGAUGAUUUAAUACCCGUUCGUCCUAGUGGGCAGCCGCUUUUCGUGCACUCUGGCCGAUCGACAGAAUUCUGGCCCACACUUUUGGAAAAGGCCUAUGCGAAGUUGAACGGUUCAUAUGAAGCUCUCAAUGUUGGUUUGGUUGGUGAUGCUAUGGAUGACCUAACAGGUGGCUUGACAGAAUCCUAUACCCUUCCUUCUGCUGAAGAGCAAGGGGCUCAGCCUCCGCCAGAUCUCGACGAUAUAUUGAUCAAGGCUUUUGACAGACGUUCGCUCCUUACUGCCCGGAUCAAAACAAAAGGUGCACCUGGUCCCGGAUUCAUCAUUCCCGCCGGUUUUGUUCCAGGCCAAGCUUUCGGCUUGACCGAUUGUCGUAAAUUGCGGCUGACAGACACCGCAGGCAGCCGAUUGGUGCGUCUGGUGCGCCUUCGAAAUUUAUGGCCAUCUGUUCGAGUCGGUUGGUCCGGUGCUUGGUCAGAAUCGUCAUCAGAAUGGCUCAGUCUGCCACCCCAGGAUAGGAUCAAGGUUGGGCUGGUGAAAUCAGAAGAUGAGUUUUGGAUGUCCUUAGAAGAUUUUGUUAGCAACUUCGACUACCUUGAUAUUUGCCAUCUCACUGAGGCUGCUCCUCAGACACCUACUCCAUCCAAUAAUACCCAACCACCACAUGUUUUCCCAUCGUUGAAUCUUCGGGGACGGUGGCUUCGGGGCGUUUCUUGCGGUGGUCGCCCCUACAUUCGCGUUAGUCAUUGGGCAAAUCCACAAUUUCGCCUCGCCAUCAACUCCCCCGAUCCAAACGACCCGGAAGGGCUUGCUUCCGUUGUCAUUGCAUUGAUGCAAGCGGACAGAAGGCGACUACGUCAUCGCGCUCCGAGACUGGCUUCAAUCGGGUUUGUUGUUUAUCGGCUGCCCGCCGGAUCCCAUCCCCCCAUGCCUCGCGGCUUUUUUGACUCCAAUCAUCACAUCGCGAGUGUGGACUACUUUUUCGAUUCGCGGGAAGUGGUCAAACGCCUGCGCCUUUUACCGGACGAGUAUUUGAUUGUGCCUUGUACUUAUUCUGCAGACCAACCGGGUGAUUUUCUUCUCCGCAUUCUAUUCGACCACCCUGACCGGAGCUGUGAACCCGCCUUGGAACGCGUCGAAUUGAGCGGCUUAGCUGCAACUGGACCGGAACCAGACAGCCAGUUUGAUCUUCUGCAGGCUCGAUUACGCAGACUAUUUUACGAAGCUUCUGGUGAAUCAAUGGCUGUAGAUGCUUUCCAACUGGAGCCUAUCCUGAACUGCCUGCUGAGAGAAGAUCGCAGAGCGCCUUACACUAUGGUAAAUAUCGAUACUUGUCGGGCCCUAGUUGCUCUGCUGGAUCGCGAUGGAACCGGUCGUUUAUCGGAAUCAGAUUUCAGGCGAAUUUGGGAAAUUCUGCUCUCUUGGUCCCGUCUUUUUGCUACUUUUGAUCCGCAACGAACAGGUCAUGUGACAAGUUUGGAUUUUCGCAUUAUUGUUGAACAGGCAGGUUAUACGCUUCCGCACUCGUUGCUGUCCCGCCUUGUACAUAGAUUUGUCGACGUUGACUGGCGUUUGGAAUACGGUAAAUUCAUCAUAGCCAUGGCACUCAUAACAAAAACCAUAGCGAUCUUCAAGAACUACGAUCACGGUGGUCGCGCAGUUCUUUCCUUGGAGCAGUUUUUGGAUGUCGCCCUGACUAUUUGACUGACUAGAGGAAUACUGUAAAAUUACUGUGAUCAGAAACAACCUUCCUGUUGGAUCUUGUUCGGAGACAGCUACCACCACCACUUGGUAUCAACACAGCAAUCUGUCAUGACACUUCUGCAAGAUGAAGAUAUCCCUUAUUAUUUUUUAUUUUCCAAGUGUACAAUAUUUUGACCCCACCGAUCCAAAGUAUUUUUACCCGUUCUGUUUCAUCACGUCUGCUGAAAUCAUAUCACAUCAAGUGUAUCUCGUGAACAAUCCUUGCUGCUCUCGUGCCCUUGAUCUUGUGUGAUGCAUUUGUUAUAAUUUUUAUCUUGUUUCUGUGCCGUUUCUUUUGCUGCCUUUACGGGAAUUUGCGUUGUAUUUUGACGUGUAUUUAUUCGUCCAGAUACCCUGCUUUUACUCUCUUUCGUUUCGAUACUGGACAGCAUUUAUGAUCUGUGAAGUUCAGUUAAUACUUUUUUGAAUUAACCAUACCUAACGGUCCAAA